AUGUCCUUCCUCGGUGGCGGAGCCGAGUGCUCCACGGCCGGCAACCCGCUGAGCCAGAUGAAGAGCCACAUGCAAGAUGACAAGUCUCUGCAGCGCGAUCGUAUGGGCGCGCGAGGCCCAGCCAGUGCCGCGGGCGGCUUCCGGACGGCAAACCCCGUGGCUCCCCAGGACGAGAUGAUGAACGGGUUUCUUAACCAGACACCCGGCCUCCAGCAGCAGAACGGUCCCCUGAUCGACACGGCGCACGGCGUCCACCUCCGCGCGAGCUCUGCCUCCCCGACCUGGGGCCACGCCGGCUUCGCCCACAGCCAGCCGGAUCUGCUUCGGCCCCAACAUAAUGCCAGCCCCUUCAACGCGCAAGAGUUCGCCCGCUUCAACGCCGCCAUGAACCCCGGCGUAUCGUCCUCGUCCAUGACGAGCGCCGUGCCCGCCCCGACUAUGCAGCAGCAGCAACCCCACCUCUUCGGAGGCAGCAUGGGCAUGGCGAGAGCCUUCCCCAUGAUGGGACACAGCGGGAUGCAGUACAUGGGUCAGCACACACCUUUACAACAACAGCAGCAGGCUCCCGACGUGAAGGGCAAGGGCAAAGUAGUAGAGCUGGACGACGAAAAGUGGCAGGAGGAGUUCGACCGCAUGGCACUGCUCGACUCCCAGCAAGCCGAGGUUCCAAAGGAAGAGGCCGCGACGAGCCAGACGGCCGACGGCGGCGUCCAGUCCGAGACGCUAGACGGCGAUUUCGAGUCCAUAUGGCGGGGCAUACAGGCCGAGAACGCCACGGCGAAAUCCAUGACCGACGGCGAGGAGCAGAUCGACUGGGCCAACUACGACUUCACCGGCUUCGACGACUGGAGCCGCGAGAUGCCCCGCCUGCCCGAGGAGUACCUCUUUGAGGAAGAGAACCUGUUCAAGGACGGCAACAACGCCUUCGAGACCGGCGUCCGGAUCAUGAAGGAGGGCGGGAACCUCUCGCUCGCCGCCCUCGCCUUCGAGGCCGCCGUGCAGCAGAACCCGGACCACGUCGAGGCCUGGGUGUAUCUCGGCACCUCCCAGGCCCAGAACGAGAAGGAGACGGCCGCCAUCCGCGCGCUGGAGCAGGCUGUCAGGCUGGACCCGGAUAACCUCGAAGCUCUCAUGGGGCUCGCCGUGUCGUACACCAACGAGGGCUACGACGCCCGUGCGUACAGGACGCUCGAGCGCUGGCUUUCGGCCAAGUACCCGCAGAUCAUCCCGCCCGACAAGCUGCACCCACCCGCCGAGGUUGGCUUCACCGAAAAGGCCCAGCUCCACCAAUCCGUCACCGACAACUUCAUCAAGGCGGCGCAGCUGGGCCCCGGAGGCGAGCACAUGGACCCGGACGUGCAGGUCGGCCUCGGCGUUCUCUUCUACGGCAUGGAAGAAUACGAUAAGGCCGUCGACUGCUUUAAGGCUGCGCUCGACUCGGCCGAGAUCGGCACGUCGACGCAGCGCGAGCAGGUCCACCUCCUCUGGAACCGCCUGGGCGCCACCCUCGCCAACAGCGGCUCGCCCGAGGAGGCCAUCGGCGCGUACCAAAAGGCCCUGACCCUCCAGCCCAACUUCGUGCGCGCCCGGUACAACCUCGGCGUCAGCUGCAUCAGCAUCGGGUGCCCCGAGGAGGCGGCGCAGCACUUCCUCAAGGCCCUCGAGAUGCACAAGUCCAUCGAGAAGGAAGGCCGCGCGCAGGCUUUCGAGAUCCUUGGCGGUGGCGCGGGAGGUGGUUCGAGGGCCGGGCUGGGCGAGCAGUUGGAUCGGAUGAGCGGGCAGAAUAGGAGCACGACGUUGUAUGAUACGUUGAGGAGGGUGUUUACGCAGAUGGGGAGGAGGGAUUUGGCGGAGAAGACGGUCGUUGGGGUCGAUCCUGAGAUUUUCAGGAAGGACUUUGACUUUUAG